ACGUCAAAAAAUUAACAUAGUUCAUUCUAAUUACAUCAAAACAAAAAUAAAAUGCUUCCUAGAAAUAAAUUAUUUAAAAGAACAAAUUUAAGUGCCAUACGAAACAUACUGCAAUACACAAAUGCUGCUACAACUGAAACCCGAUCCCCAGCCCAUAUCCCAGUGUUAUUUGAAGAAACAAUAAACUUCCUAAAUGCAGGCCCAUCCAAGGUAUUUAUUGAUAUGACUUUCGGUGCUGGUGGUCAUAGUCGGGGGAUCCUACAAAAAGCGCCAGAUGCCACCAUCUACGCCCUAGAUCGAGAUCCAAUUGCUCAUGAUCACUCAAAGCAGUUGGCUGCCGAAUAUCCUGAUGGACAAAUCAUCCCACUGCUUGGCAAGUUCUCCGAUCUACCUCAGCUUCUGAAAGAACGCAAUAUCAAACAGGGCACCUUCGAUGGAAUCGUAUUCGAUUUGGGUGUAUCUUCGAUGCAAUUCGACGAGUCGGAACGUGGUUUUUCUUAUUCGAAGAACGCCUUCCUGGACAUGCGGAUGGGUCAUGAACAAAUCACUGCCGCUGAGCUUUUAGCUAAAAUCGACGAACCCGAUUUGGCUAAGAUUCUUCGAGUGUAUGGUGGAGAAAAAGCUGCCAAACGAAUUGCCCGAACCAUCGUUGAGUCACGAUCUGCGUUCGGUAAGACCGAAACAACCCAACAACUAGCCGAAUUGGUGGCAUCAAGUGUUUCACAAACAUAUCGCCUGAAUAAGCUACAAAGACGCUCCCACAUAGCAACACAAACAUUUCAAGCCAUUCGAAUAUUCCUGAAUAAUGAAUUGAACGAAAUCAACUAUGGCAUGAUUCUUGCACAGAGGUAUUUGAAGAAGGGCGGUCGACUUGUUAUCAUAACUUUCCAUUCUCUGGAAGACACCAUUGUGAAGCGACACAUAAAUGGUAAUAUAAUUGAGGGCAUGGCCAAUCCAGUUCCUUUGAAGUACAGCGGACAUGAUUUAAUACACGAUCAGGAUGUAAUGGAAUCGUUGGCGGAGAAAACCUGGAGACAAUUGCAUAAACGUGUGAUUGUGUCCUCGGAGAAGGAAAUUGCCGAGAAUGCCAGAAGUCGUUCGGCUAAGUUGCGAGCUGUUGAAAAAGUAAAUUAGAGAAAGACUAAUUUAAACAGUUCGAAGAGGGCAACAACCUCAAGUACAUAAAUCGUAUCAAGUGUUGUAAUUUGAGAAAUCAAACAAAAAGAAAAGUUUGUAAAUAAUGAGUAUUUAAAAUAGAGUAGAAAAUAUUG